AUGUACACUAUGGGCUAUGGUGCGGGUGUUCUCAUACACGCUGAGAAGGGAGGUCUUCUGGUUAGUGUUGAAGGACUCGAUAAAGAUGUCGCUGAUUGGACAGUAGUUGGAAUUCCUCUCGAUUCGCUGGUUACGGUAUCACUAGAUGAGGACAAUUCUGAAUGUCAUGUUCACAUAAAACAGGAAGCUCUGCAUGUGUUCGCGGAUGUGCGUACAAACCACAUCCCGAGAGUCUUAUGCGACUUACCUGAACCCAGUAAACGACGCUUUGUGAAUAUCGGACCGUUACAAUACAACAUUCCUGAGGUCUCUCGUCAGUGCGUGAGAUCUUUAAAGUUGCGCAACCUAGGAGGGCCACCAAGUAGCAUCUCGCACGAAAGGAAGGGGUCUUCGGGCUCAUCGGAAGCUAUUAAAGCGGUACGCAAGAGUGCGCAUAGAUCGCAUUCCAGACGGAAACAUAUCGAUACAGCUUCUGAACCGCGAAGAGAGGAGUCCAGGUCUGAGAUCUACCGCCCCCCUGGGGCGCAUUAUCGAGUGGUGAAAGUAGAUAUCAGAGAAGUUACAGAAGCUGUGAAAUCUGAGUAACCUUGUGAUCAUUUUUAUAUCGCAGAAAAGUAUUUUCUUUUU